GGCUGAUCCGGAGCGAGCGGAGGCGCCGCGGAGGGGCGGCGUCGCCGGGGUACUAAAGAUGGGGCGUCGAGCCCGCCAAGACAUCUUUGCUGAUGAAAAUCUCAGCAGGAAGAAUUCCCCAUCUGCUUCUCUUGGAGAGUAACACGAUUCCCUUGGGACCUUAUUCAUGAGUUCCCUGAUUUCUGCCUGUUACAGUCUCAGUCUGAUUUUGCCAGCAUGUCUCUGGCAGCAGUCUUAGAUCCUUUGAGUGGAGACUGCUUUACUAGGCAAUGGUCAGCCUAAAGGAUGAAGGUUUUCCCUAUUUUGAGAAUAUUUCCACACAGGAUGAAGACUCUCAGGAAAAGGUUGACCAUGUUCCACCACCUAAACCCCCACGCCGGCAAGGAGGCUGGGCAGAUGAUCCUGUACUGGCACCUACCAAGUUAGGAAGAAAGCAUGCAGAAGAAGUAGAAGACCAUCGUCUCAGACAGCAGAGCUUGGAGGCAUCAGAUGAUGGCGGAGACAUUCCUGUGAUCCCUGACUUGGAGGAUGUCCAGGAGGAAGAUCUGGCCAUGCAAGUGGCAGCUCCCCCCAGUGUGCAGGUGAACCGAGUGCUGACCUACCAUGACCUGGACAAAGAUCUAAUGAAAUAUGCUGCCUUCCAGACUCUGGAUGGGGAGGUAGACCUGAAGCUCCUCACCAAAGUUUUGUCUCCAGAGCAUGAACUACGAGAGGAUGAUGUCAGCUGGGAUUGGGACCAUCUUUUCACAGAGGUGUCAUCAGAACUAAUGACUGAGUGGGACCUGGCACAGUCAGAGAGGGAGGAUCACCUCAGUCUCCCAUAGAGCUCUGACACUCAGAUGUCUCAUACAUCAAUCUCCUGUAAAUAGUUAAUCACUUUAAUUUUCUAUUCACUUGUUUGUAUUUGAGAAUUUAUUUCAAACAUGAAAAUAAAUAGGACCUUGCUUCAUA